AUGCCUUGCCAUGCUAUACGUAAAUGGACAUUUAUUGGGUUAGUGGGUGCAUUUCUUGAUCUUUCAAUCACCUUUCUUCUUCUAUGUUCAUCUUCUCUUGCUUAUUUUGCUUCGAAAUUUCUAGGUUUGUUUGGAUUGAACUUACCAUGUUCUUGCAACGGAUUCUUUGGAAUUCCUAAUAAUACUAAAAAUAAUACCUGUUUUCAAAGAGAAUUAUUAGUUGAUUUCCCUGCUAAGAAAAUUUCUUCUGUUCAAUCCUCUGUAAAAACCAAAUUCCCUUUUGAUUGUCCCAAUUCCAACUUGGAAAUCGAAAGGGAUAAUGAUACAAAUGAAGGUGUUGGAUCAGAAGGCGAGGCCUCAUGUAUCUCUUCAUCAGAAAGAAGAUCAAAAAACAUUAAUAAAGAUGGAGAUUUGGCUAAAGUGAAAGGACAAGGUUUUGUGAUGGGAGCAAUGAACUUUCCUGAUAUAAAAGAUGGGAGAUUUGAAUUCAAAGGAAAAUGGGUUACACGCCAUAAAUCAAGAAAUGGCCUUAGACGCCGAAGAAAAGGCGGUACGGUUAUUGAUCAUCGUGGGAAGUUAUCUUGGGUCCCUUCUGAUAAAUCUUUCUGGUCUGAUAAUGCAGAAAUAAGAUCAGCUCCUGGUAGCAUUAAUUUCGAAGAUAGGAAAGAAGCUUUAGUGGAUAUUGGUUCGAAAAGAAAAUUUUCGCACGGUUUUGAAUGGAAUGAAUCUGUAAAUGAGAACGAGCGUGGAGAUGAAAAUGCAUCACUUGUUGAUGAUUUCAAUUCAUAUGGAGAUCAAGAUUUAGACGGCAAUGCGAAAAACACAAUAAGACUAUUAGAACAAGCACUAGAAGAAGAACAUGCUGCGAGAGCCGUUCUUUAUAUUGAGUUAGAGAAGGAAAGAAGCGCGGCUGCUUCUGCUGCAGAUGAGGCUAUGGCUAUGAUAUUGCGUUUGCAAAAGGAAAAGGCUGUUAUAGAAAUGGAAGCAAGGCAAUGUCAAAGAAUACUAGAAGAGAAAUAUGAAUACGACGCUGAAGAAAUGAACAUUCUGAAAGAAAUUUUGGUAAGGCGAGAAAGGGAAAAGUAUUUUUUAGAAAAGGAAGUUGAAGCUUACAGGCAAAUGAUUUCAGGGAAUGAACAGUUUGAAGCUGAUAUGUAUUGCAUGAUAGAUGACAAUUCUGUUAUGCUAAAGCAAAAUAGUGCAUACAUUGAUCAAGAAGAUAAGGUAGAGAAACCCAACUCGAAAGAAUCCUUACCAAACACAAAACUUAGCGAAGGAGAUAAUAAAGAUCCUCCACAUAAUUUACAACAGAAUAAUAAAGAAAGCGAAUGUGAAGUUCACGAUGUUCAUGUGAUUGAUGAUCAAUUUUCUGUGUAUAAAAAAGUCAUGGGAGACAAAAGUAAUACAAAAACAUCAUCAAACAAUCCGAGCAUUCCUACCGGAUUACCCCCGAUUGGUAAUUUGAAGAGCAGGCGAAGUUCUGAUAUGAGGAGAAAAUCAAUGUCUGCAUUUGAUGCUGAGAGGUUCAAGAUUGACAAUGAGAUUACUUGGCUUAGAGAGAAACUAAAAUCUGUGCAAGAAGGAAGAGAGAAGCUAAAGUUGACAAAAGGGAACAAAGAAAGAGAGAAACUUGAGCUACAGAUAUUGGAGGAUAUAACUAGUCAGCUACAAGAGAUUCGACAAUUAACAGAGCCUGGAAAAGCUGCACGAAGAGCUUCAUUGCCACCUCUAACAUCUAAUGUUAUGUCGAAGAAAAGGCGAUGGCGGAGCGGUCCUAUGCUAUUAGAUGGAAGCACUUGAAUGGAAUGGUUGUGCAUAUAUGAACCCUGAAGCCUGAAGCUGAUCUUGUUAGUAUGUCAUGCAAUUCUUUAGAGAAUUGAGUUGAUUGUAUUGACUUUAUGGAUAAAACUUGCCUAACCAGAUCUAUGAACAGGCUCGUGUGCUA